UCUUUCAAUUCAUCUCCAACCCUCUUUUCCCCAAUUUCCCCAAUUCAACCUAGGGUUUUUUUUCCCAACGAAUUGAUUCUCUCGUAUCCCCAAUUCCGAUCUUUCGUGAAUUUUCCUACACCCUUGCUUGAAUGAUGGUUGCCACUAUCUAGUUCGUUUCUUUAUUCGUUGCCGUUCCGGUUUUACUGCAAAAUUUUGGUCUAAUUUUGUUUCUUUUUUCUUUUUAACUGUUAGAGAGGGGAAAUUCGUUUUCGGUUUUACUAGUAUUUUCUGAACUAUGCGGUGUUGGGCAUUUAGUUUUUUUUCGUUGCGGGGGAAUUUGGUGUUGCGAUUUCGUUAAAUUGGCAAUGUACGUUAGGGAGUGUCAACCUUCGUUGAAAUGGGAUGGUAUGGCUUCAUUGAUGUUAGUGGAAGCUUGCUCAUUUUUCUAUUGAGCAUCAUUCAGAUUCGGGCAGGAAUUGGGAGACUCAGUUUGAUCUGGCAGUGCAAAAGAAAGUAUUUCUUUUGACCUGCCUUCUAAGCUUUAGUAAGGUUGACAGCUUAAUGUUGAGUUCUGGAAAUAACUUGAACAGUAGCAGCAGCAGCGGGAUAACUUCUUCGGAUAUGCCACCCUUGCCACAGUGUUUGCCACUAGAUUCAAUUACCGUAGGCAAUAGAAAAUAUACAGGAGAGCUAAGAAGGGUUCUUGGUGUCUCUGCUGGAAACACGUCUGAAGACCAAUCUUUUGGAGGUCCACAUCCUAAACCCAUGGCUCCUGGAGCUUCAGGGGAACUAAAGCACUUCAAAGAAAGUGUACAGGAUGCCUCCAGAAAGGCAAGGGAUAGAUCAAAAAUGCUUGGGGAAUCUUUGUCUAAGUUGGAAAAGUACGAGGCAUUAAACAUAAAGAAGCGACAAAGGAGUGAUUUAUCUACUGAUAGGGGAAGUGGAGUAAACUUGACAAAGAUUGGUAACCAGAUUCACAAAAUCCCUAAUGAUAAUCUAACCCAGAGAUCAGAAGCAAGGACCUCAAAUUCAAUGCUGAACAAGCGAAUUCGUACAUCAGUGGCAGAUGUGCGGGAGGAAAGUAGGUCUACUGCUAUCGGAAGGUCACGGAUGGUCACAGAGAAGGAUGCAAAUCUGGUUCAAACACUUGGAGGUAGCUCUGUUCGAAACGAAGAGAAAACUCGCAGAUUACUUGCUGGAGGUGAAGGGUUGGAUCAAAAAAUAAAGAAAAAGAGGUCUGUUGGAACUGUAGGAAACAGAAUUACAACUACUGAAAGGGAUGUAAAAAGAACUGCUCAUCCAAAGGCAAACACUGAUUUGAAGAUGCGACUUUAUGAUGCUCAGGGUUUCAGAUUGAAGUCUGGAUCUGGUGGAAUCAAGUCUGAGGGCUCUUCAGAGCUUACUAAUACAGGUGUGCGCAUGAUGCUUACAAGUGAGCAAGGUGUUUCUGUUCACAGGGAGCACAUAGCUGAGCAGAGAGUUGUUGCUAAAGGAAACACCAGGGCUAGCACUCAGGAGGACCUGGCGAGCAGCCCUAACAUGAUAAUUAAAAACAAGGUAUCUCGAGCACCAAGGACAGGUUCAGUUAGUGCACUAGAAUCAUCAAACACUCAACCUUCAUCUACAGCUUUUCCUGGUUCUUCUAUACAUCCAAUGACCCAGUGGGUUGGUCAGAGACCACCUAAAAAUUCACGCUCACGAAGAGUUAAAGUAGUUUCUCCUGCCUCACGCAAUCUUGAAGUUCAGGCCUCAUCUGAAGGCUGUCUAACUUCCGAUUUCAGUGUUAAAGCUUCUUCUGCUGGCAACAAUGGAUUUCCACUGCCAAGCAGUGUAGACCACAGUAAUCCAAAAUAUAAAAGACCGCCUGAUGAUAUUUCAUCUCCCUUUGGAUUAUCUGAAAGUGAGGAAUCUGGAGCUGGGGAAAACAAAAUAAAAGAGAAAGGAGUGAAUGGCAGUGACUUUGCUAUGGCACCAGAUAAGGCGGGGUCUUCAAUGUUUCAAAUGAGGAAGACUAAGAUAUCAAAUGAUGAAUCUGGAGAUAGUGUGCAGAGACAUGGAAGAAAUGGAAGGAAUUUAUCAUUAGUUAGGCCGGGCCUCCCUUCUGGAAGGGAGAAGGCAGAAAAUGGACCAAUAAUGAAGCCAGUACAGGACAUGAAGCCUAAUGAUAAGAGUAAAAUCAAAUAUGGUCGCCCUCCUUCAAAAAAGCAGAAAGAGCGCAAAGUUGUGGCUCGUGUAGGGAAGCAACUGAACAUUGGUUCUGCUGAUUUUGGAGGUGAAUCUGAUGAUGAUCGUGAAGAGUUAUGUAAAGCUGCAAAUGCCGCUCGUGAUGCUAGCAACCUUGCUUGUUCGGGUCCUUUCUGGAAUAAAAUGGAGUCUAUUUUUGCUUCUAUCAGCUUGGAUGAUGCAUCUUACUUGAAGCAACAGCUCAAUAUUGCCGUGGAAUUUGAUAAAAGUUUAUCUCAUAUGUUUGGCAUUGAUCAAGAUCUUUUGGGUGUUGUUAUAAAUAACAAGGCCACUCAAGAUUCAGAAGAAAGAAAGAGAAGUCAAUGUGAUGAGGAUUUAACUAAGUUUGAUGCUUUGGGUGGAAAGAAGGACAUGGAAAGACCGGACAAGGUUACCCCACUAUUUCAAAGACUUCUCUGUGCUUUAAUUGAAGAAGAGGAAUGUGAAGAAUCGUAUCACCAAAUUGAUGCAAAGAAUAUAUCCCGACAAUGUGCCAGUGAUGACUCUCACUGUGGUUCUUGUAAUCAAAUUGAUUUUGAACCCAAAGAUCGGGAUAGAAUGGAUUCUGAAGUUGAAUCAGAGGUGGAUCUUCAAAUUCAGAAGAACUGCGUGUUGGAUAGACUAUCCUGUGAUAAGAGCACCACAUCCAACACAUUUAGAUACCCAAACACAUCCAGUUCUUUACAAAGCACUGGAGUUUGGCAGGGUGAUGAAGAAUUUUCCCUCUCAGAUAUCACGCACACUGGUGAAAUAUGUUCAAAUGAUCUUGAUCAACUGCAGCAUGCUGAGUUAAGUGUUCCUAGCUUUCCUUCUCCUGAUGGCCAGUAUCAGCUGAUGUCUCUGGAUGACAAACUGCUGCUUGAGUUGCAGAGCAUUGGCUUAUAUCCUGAAAUAUUGCCUGAUUUAGCUGAGGAAGAUGAAGCUAUUAUUAAUCAAGAUAUUGUGAAACUUGAGAAAGCACUAUAUGAACAGAAUCAAAGGAAGAAGAGUACUUUGGACAAAAUUGAUAAAGCUAUUCAAGAAGAGAGGGAUGUGGAAAGGCGGAAGAUUGAACAAUCUGCAUUUGACUAUCUGACUGAAACGGCUUACAGAAAGAGAUUGGCAAGCCGUGGAAGCAAAAAUUCAAAAGGUGCAGUUCACAAGGUGUCUAAGCAAGUUGCAUUGGGUUUUAUUAAGCGUACUCUUGGAAGAUGUAAAAGAUACGAAGAGGCUGGGAUUAACUGCUUUAGUGAACCUACCCUACAAAAUAUAAUGUUUGCCCCACCUUCACGUGAGAAUGAUACUCAACCUGCAGAUUGUAUGGUCUCUGGCACAGCCAGUAAUACAUGUAACAAAAUUUCCCAUCAAAUUGAAGCCAGAAAAUCAGGUGCAGUUUCUAGUGCAUCCGAGAAGUAUGAUUGCCAUAGAGAUUAUGCAGACAGGGGAUUGGUUGAUUCUUUUCAAGGUUCAAUUCAGUCAUCUGAACAAGCAUCAUCUAAGAAUGGGUCCGUGUUUAUCAAAGAAAAGAAGAGGGAAAUGCUGGUCAAUGGUGGUGUCAGUGGUUCUUCCUCAAGAGCAUCAAAUCUUGACGGCGCUGUUCAUGGUGGAGUCAAGGGAAAGAGAAGUGAGAGAGACAGGAAUCAAAGCCGGGACCAGAGCAGGCAAAACCCUAUUGGUAGAGCUGGACGGAUGUCACUGGACAGUAGCCAAAAUGAGAACAAACCAAAAGCUAAGAAGCAAAAGAUUAGUGGUAGUGGACAUGAUAGGUUUAUGGAAGCAAAGGAUUCUGCUCGUUUACCUGCUAAUGAUACAAUAAAAAAUGGUACCAAAGAUGGGGCUACAUUAUCUGCUGUGGACACUUCUCAAAUAAAGGAAUCCAAUGACUUUGGGAAUUUGCCACUACCUGAUUUAAGUUCAAUAGAAGAAUUUGGUGGCGCACAUGAUCUUAGUUCUUGGUUGAACUUUGAUGAAGAUGGCUUGCAAGACCAUGAUUCUAUUGGCCUUGAAAUUCCAAUGGACGACCUAUCAGACUUAAAUAUGCUAAUGUGAAGGGAUAUAUAGCUCACACUCUACGCGUUACACGUAUCAUGUCUGAAGGAGAGUUUGUAUGUAUUCACUGAAACCUUGUUGGCAUCAAGAUCUUGAUGGUGCUUGAGUUUCUCUGCAGAGAAAACUUGUGAUUGGGUUAACGAAUUUUGACACAUUUUUAGAGUAAACGGGAGACGUGGAGAAACUUGUUAUUGCAAUUCCAUAUUCUUUUACUGAAAGUUGUAUAGAGGAAGCUUCAAACAUGGAUUUCAUGAAAUUGCAUCACUUCUCUCAUGAAUCUAACUAGUUUUUUCUGGGUUUCUAGCCAUUGUCUCAGAAAUUGCUAUCUAUAUAGAACAUUAGAUUAUAUCAGUGUUUUCAUUUCUCAAGCUGUGACUUCAGCUAAGUUACAGUGUAUAAUCUAUUUUGUCCUUGUACAACGUGACUCCCACAUUAUUGAUUGCUUUCUCCUGAAUAAUGGGGAAUGGAAUUUUAAUAUAA